GAAUUUUCAACAUAAACAGUAAACAGAAACUGGUGAUCGAAGUUACAAGAUGUGUGAUGGCGACACGAAUAGAAGGAAAGACAAGACCGGCAAAUUUUGAUCUGGGAUUGCCGAAUGAGAGCUCAGAGGAACACGAAGACGCGCCAUCUUGCAAUGAUAUCCACAGUGACGAAAAAUGUUCGGAUAAGGAUGUCGUGAGCCCGUUAGAAAAAGAGUACCACGCUGAUUUCUCAAGCACCCACACUCGGAAGCGUAGUGUCUUGAAAAGGGAUGACCGAUCGCGGAAACCUAGCUCAUCGCAAAAGCGGGUUUCAUUUUCGUCAGGACCAUCAGAAAGAAGAGUCUCUAACGCAUCAGACUGUUACUCUGUUAUGCAAAAUGGCACCGAAUUUCUUAAACUGCGGCCUGGAGGUCGACAAUAUCAGCGAUUUUACCAACUCACACCGUCUUUGGACCUUCUUAUUUGGAAGCCAAGCUCAAAGAAACCCGAAAAGGCUGUCUUACCUGUUGAUAUGAUAUACGAAGUCAGGGCGGGUAAAAGCAGUGCCAUUUUCAACGAAUACGGCUGCGAUUUCCGAGAACAGUGCUGUUUCUCGAUUGUCAUUGGUUCAAGCUUCGAUUCAAUUGAUCUUGUUGCUCGCACACCAGAAGAUGCUAAAAUCUGGAUUGCUGGAAUUCGUCUUCUUACACGAAGAGAAAUUGGAGGCGAUUCGUGUCAAGAAAUGAGAGAACAGUGGCUGGGGCAACAGUUUCAAUCUGCCGAUGUCAAUGAUAAAAAGGUUUUAACUGAAAAAGAGGUUACUGCGUUGGUGAGAAAGAUGAGAAUAACAGCGCCUGCCUCGAUUAUCAGACAGAAGUUCCAGGAGACCCUUUCAAAGAGCUACAACCCUGCAAAAAAUUCGCUCACCAAGGAUGAGUUUAUUUCCUUUUUCAAAGAUCUGACUACAAGAGCAGAAAUUUAUUUUCUAAUGGUCAAGUAUUCGAGCACUGGGAGGUACCUCACCACUGAUGACCUGCUGAUAUUCCUGGAAACCGAACAAGGGAUGACUUGGGUUGGCAAGGAAUAUUGUUUGGAAGUUAUAAAUAGAUGUGAACCAACUGAAGAAGGACGAAAGCGACAAAUUCUUGGCAUUGAUGGAUUUACAAGAUAUCUUAUGGAUAAAGAUUGUGAUAUAAUUUCAACUGACGAAACGAAGCAAAUAACACAAGAUAUGUCGCGCCCAUUAUCUCACUACUUCAUAGCUUCUUCGCAUAACACAUAUUUGCUUGAAGAUCAGCUGACUGGAAAAUCGAGCAUACAGGGUUACAUAAGGACGCUACAAAGAGGAUGUCGAUGUGUAGAACUUGACUGCUGGGAUGGUCCAAACGGCGAACCCAUUAUUUAUCAUGGUCGAACGUUAACGAGUAAAAUAAAUUUUUACGACGUUCUCAUGGCUAUCGAUGACCACGCCUUCGAAACAUCAGAAUAUCCAGUUAUUCUUUCCCUGGAGAAUCAUUGCAGCCCCAAACAGCAAAAAGUCAUGGCUGAAUUUCUAGUUGAUGUCUUCAAAGAUAAACUCUUCACUUCUCCAGUCAACGAAAACCUGAACAAUUUACCGUCGCCCGAAAGUUUAAAAGGCAUGAUUGUUGUAAAGAACAAGAAACUAGCAACUUCUGUUUCCUGUGACGAAGGCGAGGUCAGUGAAGAAGAGGAGGACGAGGCUGUUGCUUAUAGCAACGGAUCUGACAAAGAAAAAUCUUAUAACGACAGCGAGAAAAACGGAAACCUCACUUGGACAUUAAAAAGCAACUCAAAAAAUUUGAAGCAAGGUGAAUCUACACCCCAUAAAACCAUUAAACUGGCAAAGGAAUUGUCUGAUCUCGUCAACAUUUGCAAGUCUGUGUCCUUUCGAUCUUUUCAGCAGUCUUUUGAAAAUCAGAAAUAUUGGGAAAUGUGUUCCAUCGGAGAAACAACAGCUAGGAGGCUGUGCCAAACUGCACCGGAAGAAUUUAUCAGUUACAAUAAGCGAUUUUUGAGUAGAAUUUAUCCCGCUGGCAAAAGAGUUGAUUCUAGUAACUACAACCCACAGGAGUUUUGGAAUUGUGGUUGCCAAUUAGUGGCUUUGAAUUAUCAGUACCCCGGACUGGCGAUGGAUUUAAACCGAGGAAGGUUUUUACAAAAUGGCAAAAGUGGAUACGUUUUAAAACCUGCUGUAUUAAGAGAAGAAAUCGCAUACUACAGCCCGUACAUGAAAGGAGAAAUUCCAGGAAAUUGUUCUUUCAAUGUUCAGUUGAAGAUUAUCAGCGGUCACCAGUUUCCAAAACCGAAGGGAUCGACGGCAAAAGGAGACGAUGUUGAUCCAUUUGUUGUCAUAGAAAUUCACGGCAUUCCAGCUGACUCGAAGACUUUCAAGACUAGAACAGUUCCUCACAACGGUUUUAGUCCUGUUUUUGACGAAACCUUCGAAUUCCAUGUCAAUUUGCCAGAACUUGCACUGAUUCGAUUUGUCGUUCUGGAUGAUGACUUCAUUGGAGAUGGAUUUAUCGGCCAAUUCACGAUGCCUGUCGAGUGCCUACAAUCAGGGUAUCGUAUGGUUAAGCUUUCAUCAAACAAUGGAGAAAGCUUAUCGCCGGCAUCGCUCUUUGUCAAUGUAGUUGUCACAAAAUCAUAUGAUGUACCAACACUGAAAAUCCAGCGGUUCCCGUUCGUCAAAUCUUUACGAAAAAAUAAAGAGUUUACUAGCAUGAAGUCGGUUGGAAUAAAGGCUAUUGAUGACACAUUCAAGUUUUCAAUUCAACCUUUACGAGAGGCUGCAGUUCUUCGGGAAAAUUUUCAAACAAGUUUAAAUAUAUUCAAGGACUGCUGUGGCCUUUCUCCGCGCUCCAAUUUGAAGCAAUGUAUUCGUUUUCUGUCGAAAAGGGCUCUGGAUAUGGCCGAUGGAAACAUUUUCAUGGUUGUCAAUCAAGAGUACCCGCGUUUGGAAGUUGAAGGAGAUCUACCGCUGACCAUGCAGCGUGCAGUGGACGCAUACGACCAGCUUAUCGAAGAAAGUAGAGUAUUAAUAGAGAAUUCAAAUAAUGUAUUUCAAAAAUUGACACAUGCAAGGAGAAGUGCUCUGGAAUGGCAUGAAAUUUUGCCAAGCAUCUGUGCCCGGGACAAACUGAAGGAAGCAAGAGCAGCGAAGGUGAUGGAUAACUUUUCGUGGAAUAUUCGAGUAAUGAAAGGACAAGCUGACCUUCUCAAAUCUACAUCUACAGAGUGUCAGGAAUAUCUAAAGCAGAUUCAUGAAGCUGCAAUGACGGCAGGCUUGAUAAAAUCAUAUUCGUAUAACUUGUAAAAAAACAUUGGUAAGACGCGAAUGUGAAGUCGAAGAGACGAACUGAUUGCGUUGCAACCAAAAUAUCAGAGAAUAUAACAGCAUCGGAUUCGGUGGAAAUAGUGGAAUAAAAAUCAGUUGCUGGUGGAUGCUUUUUAAGCAGGAUUGAAGCAAUUUUUCAUGGCAUGGAAGAACCAGGUUUCUCCAAUGGUACUUGAUGUUUAGAUGCAUGAAACUUGAGAAUGAGCUAGUGAAUCUUCUGAUGGAUAAGUCACCCCCGUUCCUGUCGUCAAAGAGAUGCAGUCUGAUGUCAGCCGCGAUUUUGCAUGCUUUGGACUAUAAUGUCUUGAUGGGGGGGAUGGCUAACCUAUUAGAUGCAUUUCCCGGCUCGUCUCUCUAUAUCCAUCAAUAAAACUUGGCGGGUUGGAUUCGAUAAAUGCAUGCUGGGUAGAAAGCAAAACGCUGGUUGCGCCAGUUAUGAACUUGAAAGACCUUGGAAGAGAAUGGAGCUCUUUCGUACGGCAUAAGUUUUGAAUAUGUUUUGCAAAUCAAUCUUGAUGAAAUCUUACAUUUUCUUUUAUUAAGCUUUUGCAAGUUUUUUACUUCGAAAUGACGUUUUAACUUAGCCUGCAAAUAUAACAGCUAAACAUCCACCCCCAUCCACUGACAGAAGCGCCAAUAUUUGCUGUAUUUAUCCUAAUGCAGAGGUAAGGUUUCAAAAGGAAUCAUAAUUUUAAUGAUUGCAUUCGUUUUUUCAAGAAACUGUUCUCUAAAAAUCGAAGCAAGGUUUCUUUUUUCUGCCACAAUUGUGUUUUAUUCUUCGGCUCUAUAGAAUAAUGUUUUUUGCGGAAAUUCUUGGAAAAUUUUUUACGGAAGAUAAAAACCGACUGUACUGUACCUUUCUUGAGUCACGAAUAUAAAUAAUUUUAUAAAUAAGAAUAUAAAUAUUUGCUGUUAUUGUCCCUUAUUUUUUAGAUAUUUUCUUAUAAAUAUUCAAAGUAACAAGCAGAAAAAAGCUCCUCAACUCAAAUUAACCUUCGAGACUGAAAAGUGUAAUAGAAUCAGAAAAGCAACAAAUGAGUGUAAUUAAACCACUUGAAAUACAAUAGAUGGAUGAUCUUUAAAGAAAAACGCAUUGUAUUGUAUGUAAUCGAAAAUUUCUUGUGAAAUGAAGUUCGCAAGAACUCUUGUUUGGGUUCAGAUGAAUGAAUAAUGAAUAUAGUGAGAUCUGUAAAUAUGUACAUAUGUUUAUUUUCAUGUUCAAUACCUUAGACUAUUUAUUGAAUGAAAGUAAUCAUGAUUAAAUUACAAGUUUUUCAGUUGUAUACUAUUUUCGUUAACAUCUUAUACGCUAACUUUUAUCAUUUUACUAGACAUCCGAUAAUGCCUUUAUCUUUCAAAUUUCUAAUUUUGUCAGCUAUAUCAAGCCACCGAGUCAUUAUUUAGAAAUCUCGGUUCAGUCUUCCCCACAGGGGGGGCUAACCCAUAGGUGGAACAAUCACCCUUUAAAUAUGCAUUUGAAUUUUACAGUCUUUUAAAGAAUUGACCUCUUUUUGAAAAUCCGCCGAGGCAGCCCCGUUUUCGUAACAUCUCACCUGUCGCGGCUUUUAGGUUGUUAGUGAAUUGAUCCCAUCGUCUAUACAUUUAUAAUUCUUUACUAGAAUGGUGCAUAUUAUUUGAAUGAAGGGUUGCAGGGGAGUUUAUUAUUAGUUGCGCUAGCAGUGGUGGUGCUAUCUGCAAUACUAGAGAAAUGCAAUGAGACAAUGCCCUUUAUAUAAAACCACACAUUUUCGGUGGAAUUUUAAUGCUACAUUUUUCUAGAAGUUCUAUUUUCCAUCACCAAAUAUAAAAAACUGUAACAAGGAACCCUACCUUGGUGCUGUCACUGCUAAAGUGGCCUUGGGUUUUGAAAUUAAUUUUUAAAUCUUGUUUUGAAAUUCCAAAGUUCUUAGAAUUAUAAAAGUGUAUGAAAAUUUUACUAAGAUCCGCUAGACCUGUUAAGCCAAACACGGUUCAUAAAAAUAUCUUUUUAAAAAUGAAUGUAAUGGCAGCCCUCAGAAACUUCGAAAAACUCUCUUAUUUUAAUAGCUUAUAUGAUAAAACUAAUUAUUGCAACCAAA